AUGCGCGGAAAUCAGCUUGAUGAGCGGUUCGAAAAGCUAGUACAGGAGACAUUGGACCGAUGGCAUGUCCCUGGGGUUUCGGUUGCGGUUGUCGAUGGGGACAACACUUGGGCCAAGGGCUAUGGAGUGGCAUCCUUUCCAUCAACGCCAGUCACGCCUUCAACCCUAUUCUACGCGGGAAGUACCACCAAGGCAUUCACAUCAGCCAUCAUGGCCACGCUCGUCGAGGAUAACGACAAUUUCCCGCAAGUUCAGUGGGAUACCCCCGUCAGUCAAUUGAUCCGCGACGACUUUGUUCUCGAGAAUGAGUACGCGACCAACCACACUACCAUUGAAGAUACGCUAUCUCAUCGCACGGGACUGCCACGGCAUGACACGGCCUAUGGCGACCGUCUUGGGCCGGACGUUGCUGUGCGAACAAUUGUUCGCCAGCUAAGACAUCUUCCGCUUACGGCAGAGCCGAGGACAAAGUAUCAGUACUGCAAUCUUAUGUUUGUCGUGGCUUCUCACGUUAUCCAGACGCUCACGGGUGAAUGGCUAGGGGAUAUACUUGCGCGACGGAUUUGGAAGCCCCUGGGUAUGACAGCCACGUUUUUCAAUCGAGAUCAUGCCCUAGCUGCCAAGGAAGAUCUGGCGCGUGGGUAUUACUACUCUCCGGAUGAAGGGUAUAAAGAAGUCGAUUGGAUGCCGCUGCACGAGAUUGCCGGUGCCGGGUCUGUUAUUACAAAUGUGCUGGAUUAUGCAAAAUGGGCUCGAGCUUUGUUGAACCAGACAGAGCCACUGUCCAAGGCCGUAUACAAAGCCAUCUGGGAGCCGAGGACAUUGGUUCCACAAGAAGUGCCUUUUACCGGACCCCAGUCGUAUGCACUCGGAUGGCGGAUUGGUGUCUAUCAGGGAGUUCAGUUCUAUGAGCAUUCCGGGGGCAUGAAUGCUUUUGGAGCGGAAUUGAUCCUGAUUCCAGAGCUAAAGUACAGCGUGAUUAUUCUGGCCAACACCGCAGCGACGUCGAAUUUUGUCGCGCAGACACUUGCCUUUCAUCUGAUUGAUGAGAGACUAGAUGUGCCGGUAGAAAAACGGUUUGACUGGAAUCAACACAACUUGAACGGCCUGAAAAAAGAAAAAGCAAAAGUAGACAACGCCCUCCAGCGCUGCUACCCUACUCUCCCCUCUCCAGUCCUCCCCAAUACUGUCCCUCUACACAAAUACACCGGGACAUACUGGCACCCUGGCUACCAAAAACUUACCGUCUACCUGGACAAGACCACAGGCGUGCUACGCGCAGACCGAAGUGACACAACCUGGCCCGAGUACAUGAGCUUUGAGCAUGUCAGCAGUGAUUACUUUCUCAUAAAGGCAGAGCAUCAAGGCGAUUACGGCGCCUUUUUUCCCGAGGUGUAUCCUGCCGAGUUUCGAGUUGGGGUGGAUGGAAAACCGUAUGCGCUGGGGGUUGGCUGGGAGAAGGAGAUGGAUGGGAAGAUAUGGCUUGAGCGUGUUGAUAGUCAUUAA